UUAAUGCCUGAGAAAAUCUAUAUUUAGAUUCUGUGUCAGAAAAAUGAAUUCUCCUAUUUUCACGACAAGGACGUUGUUACAUUUCUCUUAAGUUUUCUUCCACAAAAGCUGUUUUUUUCGUUGAUAUUAAAAAAUCAAAAUAAACAUUUUCAACCCUAGUUCAAACCCAAUAUCGGGUCAAGUUCAGGUAUAACCUCAAUAAUCAAGGGUACUUCUCGAUUAUUUUAAAUCGCCGAUUAGUUGGCAAAGCCUUUGAUACUAAACGCGUGUGUCUUUAAAAUUAAGUUCAGCUAAAAUUUAAUUCUUGCAAAAUUUACUUUGUAUUCCAAUUCUUUAACAAUCCUCUGAUAAUUCCGUCCAAAAAUUAUUUUUAAAUAAACAGUGAUUUAUAUAAAAAUAAACAAUUUCCAAAGUUUUUGUAGUAACUGCAAAAAGUGCAAGUGAUGUAUAAAAACUGGAUUUAGUUUCAUUUUUGGAAAAUGUGCGCGCGACUUCUGGCAUGUCCUUUGUGUUCGCAACCUGGUUUCCUGACUCUAGAUGCUCUCCGAACUGGUCUCGUUAGCGUAGCGACUCGACCACUCGUGUGUCCAGUUUGCAAUGAAGUUUUAUUGGGAAUUGACAAACUCACGAUCCACUUAUUCGGCCACACGAUUAAUCAAAAUAACGCAAACUUGAGCCACGAAUCUAAUGUGGAAACUACUACCAACAACGUUCAGAUUCUUCACAACAUUCAGACAAUUCCUUUCCAAGCAUGGAGUUUACUCAAAACUCAGAAUAUGAAAAUUCCCCAGGCUGGAGAAAUCCAGGAAAAAAUUCCCACCAUAAGACAGGAACGAGAAUCCUUCCCUCCAAAAGAAAACAAGACCCGGGCGAAUACUUCUGAAAAUCAGGAACAGAAACAAGGUCGACUGAUUUUCCUACAAAAUUUGUCUUCUGAGCAGAUUUUUCCUACGAAUCUGGGACAUAAUGAAAUUGGAAACAGAAAUUUGAAUUGUGGUUUUCGGGAAAGUCGUGAGAGUGUAAUUCCCCAACAGAAAAAUCAGGAGAGACAGAUAAAAACUUCAGAAUCAAAUUUGAUUCAGAAUAAUUCGAAUCCGAUUCAAAAUGAUUCGAAUCUGAUUGAAAAUAGACCUUUGAUUCACCAGAAUGAAAAAUCUGUUCCCAAUUUGCAAGUAGGCACGAUCCAGGAUUCUUGGUUUCAGAAUAAUUCUCUGAUGAUUGAUCAGGAGAGUUUAGUUGUUAGGGAACCUUCUAAAAAUUUGGAAACUACUCAGGUUUCAAAUUUGUCAAUUAAUGGAAAUGCUGAAAAAAGUUCUUUCCCUGCGAAGCCUUCUGGAUUGACAAAUUCAAAAAACGGGAAUGAGUUCCCAAAUCAAGAGAAUGAGACUGGACUGAAGAAUUCCCCAGCUGAGAAUGAUGAAAGCAAGAAAAAAAGCCCAAAUGAGAUUCUUCCUCAUUUGAAAAAUGUUAGGCUGCUGGCUUCGAAAGAAAAGAUGGAAAGAUGCAAUAUUUGUGGUUAUAGGUUCGAUGAUAGGAAGAUCUUGAUUCUGCAUAAACAACUGGUCCAUAUGAUUGCAGAAAAGGAUUUGAAUGUCAGGCCUGAAGAUUUGUUAAAAAAUUACCCUUGUCAUUUGUGUUCAAAAGUUUUUAAGAUGAGGGGAAGUCUGAUGGUUCAUAUGAGAGUGGCACAUACUGGUUAUAAUUUAGGUUCUUUAACAAAAGAUUUUGAAUUGUCACCAAGCAAUGAAAAUGGUUACAACUGUCCAACUUGUGGAAAGAAUUUUAAGAAGGAGCAGCAUGUGACGCAGCAUUUAAAAACCCACGAGGGAAAGCAAUGGGAGUGUGAUGUCUGCAGUAAAAUGUUUACAACCAAGUAUUUUCUAAAAAAACAUAAAAGGCUUCAUUCUGGCGAGAUGCCUUACAAAUGCAACAUUUGUGACAAAACUUUCACCUUUCAACAAUCUUAUCACAAACAUAGAUUGUACCACAAAGAUGAUAAGCCACACACUUGUACCACUUGUGGAAGAUCUUUCAAAGAACUCUCGACUCUGCAUAAUCAUGAAAGGAUACACACAGGAGAAAAGCCUUUCGCUUGUGAAACUUGCGGAAAAUGUUUUCGACAACGAGUCUCUUAUUUGGUGCAUCGAAGGAUACACACUGGAGUCAUGCCUUAUAAAUGCACAGUUUGUGAAAAAAGCUUCAGAUACAAAGUAAGCCAAAGAACUCACAAAUGUCAAGUACCUCAACCUGAAACUUCAACACAAAAUUCAGAAACUAUAAUCCAAAGAUUACUUCAAAAUUCGGAACUGAAAGAAACCAAAACUUUUGAAGUGCAACCACAUCAAAUUGAUACUGAUUGCAGCGAAGGAAAUAAAUUCAUAUUGUUGGUAAAUACAGAAGGUCAACAUAUUCUAACCAGAGAGUCUGAUGUGAAAAAUGCAGAAUCAGUGAAUGAAAACUCCAAUGCAAAACCUGCAGAAGUUCAAAAUUCACAAAAGGAGAAGCAGAAUAUUUGGAUACAGGAGACGAAUAAUAUAAGUUUCAAGGAUUCAAUGGACGUUUCUACAAAAGAACAGACUAACAAUGCAAAAUUGCAUUUGGAGGAUCCACACGAUUUUUUUUCAAUGGUUAUGUCGCCACUGGAGAAUGAUUUAUCCAGUCCUUCAGCGGAAAUGGAACAUUUGAGACUCUCGAGUCCAGUUGAGAGAGAAAAUGGAAAUAAGACCACUAAAAUUUUUUCGCCAAGUCGAGAUAGUCUAGAAAUUAUAGGGAUAGGGGACAGUAAUGUGGAAAGAUUUGAGGAAAAUCAUAUCGGUGGGUCCCUGAGAACUAUAGAUGAGUCUCUAAAUGAACUAAUUUAUGGAAUUAAUAGAGACUAGUGGGUGGGAUACUUUAAAUGUUGUUAUUGAAUAAUCAAUGUUUGUGAAUGAGAGAGUUCUGCGUCUAUAAAUAAUUUAUCGAUUGUUA